CAAAUUCCACAAUUUCCCUCCAUUUUGUGUCUCUGUCCCUUCACUUCAGUCCGUACCAACGAACAGACGGUUGGUUCCCCAACACCAGCGCCUUUAGCUCCAGUUCCACCUUGUGAUGGUUCUCCCUCUCCUCCAAGAUCCACCCCAAUUCUCGCGCCCAUCACCACCUAUUCAGACCCUUCCCUAUAAACCUCCCAAAAACCCAUUAAACCAGCAAAGUUUUCAGGAGAACUUCAGGAUAAUAUGCAAUUUCUUGCUUUCCCUUACUCGCUCAGGCUCCCUUCUCAAAGGCCAAGCCUUGCAUUCCCACAUCGUCAAGUCUGGGAUUCAGAUAAUUCCAUUAGUUUCCCACCACUUAAUCAACUUGUAUUCAAAGCUUCAACGCCCAUUUGACUCCCAGUUUGUUUUCGAGGAAGCACCUUUUAAGUCAUCAACCACCUGGAGCUCUAUGAUUUCCACGUUUGCCCAAAAUGAUCUGCCUAUUUUAGCAUUAUCGUACUUCCGGGCAAUGCUUUAUAAUGGGUUUGCUCCAGAUGAGCAUAUUUUGCCUAGCGCUGUUAAGGCUUGUGCGAUCAUGAGUAGGCAUGAUGUUGGGAUGUCAAUGCAUUGUCUUGCAGUGAAAAAUGCAAUGAAUUUGGACGUGUAUGUUGGAAGUUCUUUGGUGGAUAUGUACGCAAAAUGUGCGGAAUUGGGGUAUGCGAGGAAGUUGUUUGACGAAAUGCCUGAGAGAAACAUUGUCUCGUGGAGUGGGAUGAUCUAUGGGUAUGCGCAGAUGGGGGAGGAUAAUGAAGCUUUGGGUCUUUUUAAGAGGGCGUUGGAGGGGGGUUUGAGUUUAAACGACUUUACCUUUUCAAGUGUGAUUCGUGUUUGUGGAAAUUCUACGUUGCUGGAGUUGGGGAGACAAAUGCAUAGCUUGUGUGUGAAGAUGAAUUGUGAUUCUUCGAGUUUUGUGGGAAGUUCUUUGAUAUCUCUGUACUCGAAGUGCGGCGUUGUAGAGAAUGCUUGUCAGGUUUUCAAUGAGGCAGUUGAUAAGAAUUUAGGAAUGUGGAAUUCAAUGUUGAUUGCUUGUGCUCAACAUGGACACACAAAGAAGGUGUUUGAGUUGUUUGGGAGAAUGAAGAGUUGUGGGAUGAAGCCAAAUUUUAUAACCAUUUUGUGUGUGCUUUAUGCGUGCAGUCAUGCGGGGCUAGUCAAAGAAGGUAACUACUAUUUUGGAUUAAUGAAGGAGUAUGGCAUUGAGCCAGGGGAUCAGCAUUAUGCUUCCAUGGUGGACUUGCUUGGGCGAGCUGGGAAAUUGGAGGAGGCUACGAAGCUUAUCAAGGAAAUGCCAAUUCAACCAACAGAAUCUGUAUGGGGAGCUCUACUGACCGGCUGCCGACUUCAUGGUAAUACCGAGUUGGCGGCCUAUGCAGCUGAUAGGAUCCUUGAAUUAGGUUCAGUAAGUUCAGGCUUUAACGUUCUGUUAUCAAAUGCUUAUGCAGCUGUUGGUAGGUAUGAAGAAGCGGCCAAAGCCAGAAAGAUGUUAAGGGAUCGAGGAGUGAAGAAAGAAACUGGUUUAAGUUGGGUUGAGGAAGGAAAUAGGGUCCAUACAUUUGCUGCAGGGGAAAGGCAACAUUUUAAAUCUAAGGAAAUUUAUGAAAAACUUGGGGAACUAGAGAAUGAAAUGGAGCUAGCUGGCUAUGUUAUGGACACCAGUCAAGUGUUGCGAGCAGUUGGCAAUGAAGAGAAGAGUGAAGCAAUUAGGUAUCAUAGUGAAAGAUUAGCUAUUGCAUUUGCACUAAUAACCUUUCCACCUGAAAGGCCAAUUAGAAUUAUGAAGAACUUGCGAGUUUGUGGUGAUUGUCACACAGCUAUUAAGUUUAUGUCGAAGUGCACUGGAAGAUUAAUCAUUGUGAGAGAUAACAAACGGUUCCAUCAUUUUUCGGGUGGGGAAUGUUCCUGUGGUGAUUAUUGGUGAUAUUAAGUGGGUACCAGAGUGAAAGGUGUUGUAGGAGGAGAGAGGGACUUCAUGCAAGAUCUUUCUCUUUUCUCUGGUAGGGAACUUCAUGCCUUUAAUAAACAAGUGAACCCUGUUUCUGAGAGGUUGCCCAUUUUUGGAUCAAAAGGCCAAUUUAGCACUUUUUUACAAGUAAAAUCCAUCAACUUCCAGCGUGAGAGUGAUUUAAUCCAGAAGGUACUCUCCCCCACCCCCCGCCCGACCCCUUUCUCACUUCCAUGAGUUUCAACAAUAAUAGCCCGGCAGUUUUUUGAUUCAUUCAUGCAUACCAGUCUGUGAAGUUUUAACUUUGAGUACUUACUAAUGCUGGAGAUGCUCUCCUUAAGGUUGGGGAAAGCAGAAGUAUGAGAUUUGGAAGUUCCAGACUUCCAGUCCACCAUGUUAAUUAUCUGCAAGAUAGCACCGUUGGCUGUGUAGCUGCCUUGAGUUUACAAAUGCAAUGGCUGUUUGUUGUUGACUUGCAGCUUAUUCUGCUUACAAAAUGAUGAAGCCAAUUGGAUAUUCCAUUUUUUGAGACUGAGGUACUGUUUAAUUGUUAAUACUCUGUAUUAGUCAGUGUUGGUGCAUUCUACAAGAAGUCUGGCAUGGCAUUGAAGUUGCUUAGUUGUCAGAAAGCGAAAAGUUUUUGCUGAACUUGAAAAGGCAGGAGUUCAAAUUGUCUUUGCUGGAGCUGGCUGCUUGUAGAGUUUAAAAGAACUGGAGAGAUAUCAAGGUACCUACAUAAUUGCUGAAUAUGAUUUUUGAGACAUAAAUGGCAUGUGCGGAGGAUUUGGUACUUUUUGCUUUAAGUUUUGGGCACAGGGCUGCAGAGUGAUUGCUAAGAUCACAGCAAGACAUGUGCAGAUCUAGAAGUGCAAGGUCUGCAAGAUCACCUUUCAUCAGGCAAUUCUUCUGUGUUCUACCCAAUCAUGUAUUGCAUCUGGGGCAUAUGUUUCUUUGGGGGUUUCAGUGUUGUCUGCUGAAGAAUGCAAGCCAUGAAAUCUUACGUGUGGUCGAGGGACACAAUUGUCUCCAGCAUCAUCAAGAUUCUAAUCAUUGGCUCUCUGGAUGUUGCAGUGCAGGAGAUGUUUCAAACCCGGUUGCUUGCUUGCUCAUUGGUCACGCGAUCAAUGUUAUCAAAUGUACGUAAAAGAAUCGGUAUAUUGCAUCUUGGGUGUUUAUUCUUUAGUAAGUGUAUCUAGUUGACA